AACCAUUGGCUUAAUCAAAGUCGGGAAUUCCUAACAUUUAAUAUUAUUACUAUAUUAUCCUUCGUUGAGCGAGAAAACGGGUUUUAAAAGUGAUAGUCGGUCAGUCGCCAUUGAAUCAACAAAAUGUAUUUACUUUUCGUGUUUUGUCUUAUACUAGGCAGUCGGGCACAAAAUUUUAUAGAUUUUAAUAAAAGGGUGAACAUUUUUGGCAUGGAGUUAAUGUAUUUUACGCAUCAAGAAGUAAAUAAUACAUUGAUAUCGCCAUUCGGAGUGUGGAGUGUUCUUACAGGUUUGACAACUGGCGUCACAAAUGAGAGUAAAACGCGGCUAUACGACAUUCUGCGCCUCCCCAACAAUGAGGCAAGAAUAAGAGUUGGGUAUAAGAAUUUGACGCAGAGUGUAUUAAACAAUACCAUUGUCCAAAGCAAAAAUAAUUUGUAUUACCAUAUAAACAAUACAAUUUCGAAACAAUUUGAAAAUGAUCUCACUAAUAACUUUGAUAUUUUAGCAGUAAAGCUUGAUUUUAGAGAAUCGUACACGGCUGCGUUGGUGGCGAAUAGAAUUGUAUUCGACGCUGGAAUCAAAACCAAUAAUUAUGUGUUAAACGAUACUGAUUUUACAGAUGCAAAUGUGAUAUUGACCUGUGUCAUCAAGUUUAGUGGUGUCUUUGAAUCGCCGUUUAGUAACGACAGGACAACAAUUCGACCAUUUUAUGUGAGCCCCAAUAAUAUUAAAGAAGUGAAUAUGAUGCAGCAAACUGGACAAUUUCAUUAUUCAAAAAUAGAUUCCAUAAGAUCCGAAGUAAUCGAGAUGCCAUAUACAGGAUAUAAUAUGUCACUGAUUGUGAUUCUUCCCAACAGACAGGUGUCUCUAGAUAAUUUAUACGACGGUUUCAGACAAACAUCUAUCGAAGAUGUGGUACGUAAACUGGAAAUGGAAGAAAAGAAGAUCGUAUCAGUUUCAAUACCAAGAUUUAAAAUAAGAUCAAAUUUAAUUUUAAAUGCGCCUUUGAGUCAGAUGGGUUUAGAUAUUUUUACACCAUACGCCAGAUUUAGUGAAACGUCAAAUAAUUUUUAUGUUUCCAAAUUGGUGCAUAAAGUUGAUUUGGAAUUUAUUGAAUCAGGUGUAAAUAAUCAAUUACAAUUGAUUCCCGCCAAGAUCUUCGUAGCGGAUCGUCCAUUCGUAUAUGUGAUUGUAGAGAAAACGACUAAAACAUGUGUAAUAAGUGGUAUUUUCACGCGACCAACGCCCUAUUAACGCUAACUUUUUGGAGAAAAGAUGGUACCAUAAACAAUAAGACCAAACAGACUGAGCUUUCAGUUGAAACAUGUUUUACUUAUACUCAGAAGCAAGUUGUAUGCAAGCAAGCCUCUUUUAAUAUAAUUUUAGGUUAAGAAUUGUUUAGAUAAAAUUCGUCUAAAAUAUAAUCUAAGAAGGUGUUAUCUUUUUUAUUGCAAAACUUUAUUUACGCGGUUUGAGACUAUGAUCCAUCCAGGAGGAACAUAUCGCGGGGAAGCAGGCACAAUGCCUUAAGACUCAAAAUAUUGAUUGUAAUAAAAUAAAUAAUAAUAAUUCUUUAUUUCUCUCAUACAACAUUUGCAACACACAAUACGAUUAACAAACGAUACGAGAACGUAAUAC